GACCAAAAAAAAAAAAAUCUUACUAAUCUCUCUUCCUCAGAAAAGAUAAUUUUACUUGUGUUUUUGAACCGAAGAGACAGAGACUUCUUCUUCUUCAUCGUCGUUGUCUUCUUCUUCCCCUUAGGUGUACAGAGUCCAUACCUAACUUCAUUUUACAUAGAGAGAGAGAGACCAGAAGAAGAAACAAAAUCGUGAAAAGGUGGAAACUUUUUUAAGAGUAAGAGAUUGAAACUACACAGAAGGAAAGCGUGGCUAGAUAUCGAUUAAUCGAUACGUAUACUCCUGGAGUGUCUCUUCGCUGAAACUCGGGAUCUUUGGGCAGAAACAAACAAGCUGUGUGAUCCAUCCGACGCCGUUUCAAAGUUUUGAUCCAGCUUGUUUGAAGCGUUGUGCAGUGGGUUAAAAGAAUAUUUGAGGUUGAGGUGUUGCAGUAUGCAAUAAAGCCUUUUUUUUAAUGAGAUGAAGGCAGUUAAAGGGUGGCUUCUAGGCAGAACAAGUUAUACGCAGUCUUUGCCUGGUGCUCGCCACCACCGUACUCCUCCUACAAAGAAACGAGUAUGGAUCAUCGCAGUGGUUUCUCUGAUAACAAUGUUUGUAAUCGGUGCUUACAUGUUCCCUCAUCACCGCAACUCCGCUUGUUAUAUGUUUUCAUCUAAUGGAUGCAAGGCCCUUACUGAUUGGCUUCCACCCUCGCCGAGGGAGUUUUCUGAUGACGAGAUCGCAGCUCGUGUAGUGAUUAGCGAAAUGUUGAGCUCCCCUCGCGUCAUCGAAAAGACUUCUAAGAUUGCAUUUAUGUUCCUAACACCUGGUACAUUGCCUUUCGAAAAGCUAUGGGACCUCUUUCUCGAGGGUCAUGAGGGGAAAUUCUCAGUGUAUAUACAUGCAUCAAAGGAUACGCCGGUUCACACCAGUCGUUACUUUCUUAACCGUGAAAUUAGAAGUGAUGAGGUGAUCUGGGGUAGAAUAUCAAUGAUUGAUGCCGAGAGACGUUUAUUGACCAAUGCUCUAAGAGAUCCUGAAAAUCAGCAAUUUGUUUUACUCUCUGAUAGUUGUGUGCCACUUAGAAGUUUUGAAUACAUGUACAACUAUAUGAUGUACAGCAAUGUCAGCUAUGUUGACUGCUUUGACGAUCCUGGUCCACAUGGAACCGGCAGGCAUAUGGAUCACAUGUUGCCGGAAAUUCCAAAAGAAGAUUUUCGAAAGGGUGCACAGUGGUUCUCAAUGAAGCGCCAGCAUGCUGUAAUAACUGUGGCAGACAGUCUUUACUACUCAAAGUUCCGGGACUACUGUCGGCCCGGUGUAGAGAGCAACAAGAACUGCAUAGCGGACGAACACUACUUGCCAACAUUCUUCCAUAUGCUUGAUCCCGGUGGCAUUGCUAACUGGACUGUGACAUAUGUUGAUUGGUCUGAGAAAAAGUGGCAUCCAAGAACGUACAUGCCCAACGAUGUCACACACGAGUUACUGAAGAACCUCACCUCCAUUGACGCAGUUUCACGUGUAACAAGUGAUGGAACGGGUGAAGUAACAUGGACACCAUGCAUGUGGAACGGAAUCAAAAGACCUUGCUAUCUCUUUGGAAGGAAAUUCCACGCAGCUACUCUCAACAAACUGAUCGACCUCUUUUCAAACUACACAAGCAUGGCAUAGACCUCAACGAGGCGUUUUGAUUGAUUGAUGAAACGCAAAGCAAAAGAAGGUAUUCUUUUCGACUGGGAUUCUUUGGCCAACGUCCCAUUACAUACUAAGAACCAAGUUUUGGACUUGAGGAAUAGAAUCCCUAGAAGAUAUAACUCGCUGCAAAGCCCUUGUAAGAGAAGAGAAAAUGAUCUUGAGAAGCAUGGGAAGUGUUUGGUGUAUUUCUUUUGGUUGGGGACGUUGAGACAUUUUAAACUCAUCUGUUUUCACUACAUCUCAUUGUUAUUUAUAUAAAAUCUUAGCAGAGUGCUUGAUGUUUUA